CGCGGGUAAACCAGCCGGGCACUGUACCAAGAGGGCUGCAAUCCGACCCCGGAGCUGCACGAGUCCACGCCAAGCAUACAAAUCCCUGCUGGAGGGUGUGUGUGUGAGGACACCAGCGGGUCAGAAAGCCUGCUACUCACCCUCAGCUGUCGCCAUGAUCCUAGGUGGGAUGAAGGUGCAAGACGGCGCGGGAAAGUGAAGCAGCGGUCGGUAAAACAAGAGCCAGCAGAGAGGCUCCGGAGGGCGGGGGAGGGCGGUGCACGCGCAGUUGGAGCCGCAACGUCUGGUUAGUACCAGGGACCGGAAGGCGACCGCUAAGUACCGGACUGGCCCCGCCAGGGGCUGGAAUCGCGUACCCCAGGAUUCCCGCCGCGCAUGCGCGCCGGCGAGACGCCGCUUCCGGCCAGCUCUGCGUCUCAGUAUCAAGCGGCGAAAAGUGGCGCGCAGGCUUCGGGCUUGCUGGCCGGGAGACCAUUCAGUGUUGGAGCGAACCAAGUACCGACGGCGGGGGAAACCGUGCGACCUGGGUGGGGCACGCACAGCUCAAAUCUUCUGAGGGGUAAACACCACCAACUGCGCUCCUCUCAUCACCGACGUCUUGGGUGCGGAAAAUAACGGAGAUUUCCACGUGGGGGAACACUAGGGUUCCAGGCGUCUCCGGCGGCCAGCUAGCCCCACCCCCUUGGCUCCAUAGCCCCGCCCCCGUUCACCGCCGUAGCGGAUUGACCGGGCGCUGGAGGCCAAGCUGGCACCGCCCCUUUGAAAGCGCGCGCCGCCGCAGUUGCGAGAACCUAGCCCGCGGGGAAGCAGGAGGCAGUCGGCCGCGUGAGCUUCUGCAGCUUACUAGAGCCCAGCAGACAGCUGGUUGGCGCUCGGACCACGCCGCGGCAGCAGGUCCGUCCACGUGCUUUCGUCGGCGCCAUGGACAUGGAGGAGUCGGGGAUGCGUGAGGAAUGUGGCGUGUUUGGGUGCAUCGCUUCUGGAGAGUGGCCCACGCAGCUAGAUGUGCCGCAUGUGAUCACUGCAGGACUCGGGGGGCUACAGCACCGGGGUCAAGAGAGCGCUGGCAUUGUGACCAGUGAUGGAAGUUCAGUGCCCACAUUCAAAGUGCAUAAGGGAAUGGGCUUUGUCAAUCAUGUUUUUACUGAAGAUAAUUUGAAGAAAUUAUAUGUCUCAAAUCUUGGAAUUGGUCAUACGAGGUACGCCACGACGGGAAAGUGUGAGCUGGAGAGUUGCCAGCCAUUCGUUGUUGAAACUCUGCAUGGGAAAAUAGCUGUGGCCCAUAACGGUGAACUGGUAAAUGCAGCUCGGUUAAGGAAAAAGCUUCUGCGCCACGGCAUUGGGCUUUACACCUCCUCUGAUAGUGAAAUGAUUACCCAGUUACUCGCUUACACCCCUCCUCAGGAAAGGGACAAUACCCCAGACUGGGUCGCAAGAAUUAAGAACUUGAUGAAGGAAGCGCCCACUGCAUACUCUCUGCUCAUAAUGCACAGGGAUGUCAUUUAUGCAGUGCGUGAUCCAUAUGGAAAUCGUCCUCUCUGCAUUGGUCGUCUUAUUCCAGCUUCUGAUGAGAAUGGCAAAGAGAAGAAAUCUUCAGAGAGUGCAGGAUGGGUGGUGUCUUCCGAGUCGGGCAACUUUCUCUCUAUUGGCGCAAGAUAUUCCCAUGAAGUCAAACCUGGAGAAAUUGUAGAAAUAUCCAGGCAUGGUGUCAGAACUCUUGAUACGAUUCCAAGGUCUGAAGGAGACCCAGUGGCUUUUUGUAUCUUUGAAUAUGUUUAUUUUGCAAGACCAGACAGUAUAUUUGAAGGCCAGAUGGUUUAUACAGUAAGGUACCGCUGUGGCCAGCAGCUGGCUAUUGAAGCGCCUGUGGAGGCAGACUUGGUUAGCACGGUUCCAGAGUCGGCUACACCUGCAGCUCUUGGGUAUGCAGCAAAGAGUGGACUGCCAUAUGUGGAGGUGCUGUGUAAAAACCGAUAUGUAGGAAGAACCUUCAUCCAGCCAAACAUGAGGUUAAGACAACUUGGUGUUGCAAAAAAAUUUGGCGUGUUGACUGACAACUUUAAAGGCAAGAGAGUUGUCCUCGUAGAUGAUUCGAUUGUGAGAGGCAAUACCAUCUCACCCAUCAUAAGAUUGCUCAAAGAAUCUGGGGCAAAGGAGGUGCACAUUCGAGUCGCUUCCCCACCAAUAAAAUAUCCUUGCUUCAUGGGAAUAAAUAUACCCACCAAAGAAGAGCUGAUAGCUAAUAAACCAGAAUUUGAUCAUCUUGCAGAAUACCUCGGAGCAAACAGUGUUAUGUAUCUGUCGGUGGAAGGACUGGUUUCAUCUGUGCAACAAGACAUCAAGUUCAAGAAGCAGAAAGUGAAAAGGCAUGAUAUUACGAUUCAGGAAAAUGGCAAUGGUCUGGAAUGUUCUGAGAAGACGGGACACUGUACAGCCUGCCUCACUGGGCAGUACCCUGUGGACCUGGAGUGGUAGCUGCCUGGAUGGAGUUCUUAAGACUGAACUCGAUUAAGAAGUGGUUUCUAUACUAUCUGUUACUCAGUUGGUACAAAAGAGAUACCACCUGCUUGUGUGUGUAUACCUUUAUAAGCUCUGAGAAUUCCUGAGGUUACUAAAUUGCUGUAAUUGAAUCAUGAUGCUUCCAUGUAAUACAACAUGUACGGAUUUUUUUAAUACAAGGAUUAACUUUUCACCUAGGAGAAGGCAGGAGGUGAAUGGUAUUUCCCAGGCCCAUGCUUGAAGGGUUUGCAAGAGGUUAGAUUAGGGAUGUGGAAUAUACACAGGACAAGGGGCUUUAUAAUGUUCAUGAAAAAUCUGAAUUCCUUGUGCCUCAUAGAGAUCUAAUCUGUAGUCUAAUCAGUAGGUGUGGCCGCCCCCUCCUGAGCACACACAUUUGUGGUUCUGAGGACUAAUGGACAACUCAAAACAAACAAAUAAAAACUACUUGGGAAGCUGA